CUGCUACGCCUUCACAAAGACCCCAGCAUAUCAUUCAACUUUGAACCGGUCAUCGCAGUAAUGCGGUUGAUGGGGCAUAUCUACGCAGCCAAAGAAUGGUCCCCGGUUCUAAAAGACCAUGCUGAGUCGUGCCUGUCGCAGUCGCAACCAGACGACCCGGUUCUGGUACAAAGUCGCCUUUUGUAUUCCAUCGCAUUGUUCUGGUACAACUUCAAGGAUGAGUCAAAGCAGCAAAUGGACGUUGCGAUACGAGUUGCGGUUGACAUCAAGAUGUUCCACGCCGAUUUUGCGAAGAGCCACAGCUUUGGUGAUCCUGUGAUGGCGGAAUGCUGGAGGCGAACGUGGUGGAUGUUGUUCGUAAUCGAUGCCUACUACGCUGGGACACUGGGGACCAUGAACUUUACGGUAGUGGAUGUAGAGGCAACGGUUGAACUGCCAUGCGAUGAAGGAGAGUACGAAUCAGGGGAUAUUCCCGAGCCACAAACUCUGGAAGACUUUGACUCCAGGGAAUUCGCGCCAGAACAGACAUCUUUUUCUUCCUUUGCCUAUCUCAUCAGCGCGGUUCGCUGUGCAGCUCAAGCGAUAUCCACGACACCGAAGAUCGCCUCGGCCGGCGACUCUGCACACCUCAUUCAGUCGGCCGACUCUAUCAUUGACGGAUGGGUGCUUUUGUUGCCGAAGGACCGACAACAGGUCAUGUCGAAGGCUGGGAAGAUUGACGAGAUCAUGUUUCAAGCCCAGUUGUUGAUCGGAGUGUAA